AUAGAAGAAAUAGAGCGAAAAUAUCCAAUUACAGGUGUUUGAACUUGAAUUGAAAGGUGGAAAGAUGGGCGGAGUCCUGAAUGAUUAGAGAUGACACCUGGUGCAUAUGACGGGUUGAUUGCUACGCCCGAAAAAAUCAAUGAUUUUGUUGAUUGUGAAGAUGAAAGAGCAAGUUCAAAGUUUCGGAAGGGAGUAAGACUAUGGAGAAAACUAAAAUAUCAGCUUGUAGAAUACAAUUCACUGCCACCCUACAUGAGGGACAACGAAUUUAUCUUGGGUUAUUAUCGAGCAGAGUGGCCAUUGAAACAGAUCUUCCUUAGCAUUUUCUCAAUUCAUAAUGAGACACUUAAUGUAUGGACGCAUUUGAUUGGGUUCUUCCUUUUUCUCUUUCUCACCAUAUACACAGCUAAGAGAGCUCCAAUGAUUGUGGAUUUCAAUUCUGUUCAACAUUUGUCUGAAAUGAUAGGGAAAGCUGAUUUAAAUAAGAUUCGUUUAGAGCUCUUGAAAUGCCUGCCUUCACUGCCCAACAUGCCCGAGAUUCUCAAAUUAAAUGACUUGAGUACAUCUCUUUAUUCUUUGGACUUCUCCUCAUUAUCAGGUUGGGCUCUAGUGGAACUUCUCACCAAUUGCUUGCCUGAGCAGUUUUCCCUAAAUGGUCUGAAAGAUGACAUGAACAUGGUAUCCCCCUUAAUGCAACCGAUUACAAGGUGGCCUUUCUAUGCCUUCUUAGGUGGGGCCAUGUUCUGCUUGCUAGCCAGCAGCACAUGCCACCUCCUUACUUGCCACUCACAGCGCCUUUCCUACAUCAUGCUCAGAAUUGACUAUGCUGGGAUUGCUGCAUUGAUUGCAACUUCAUUUUACCCUCCUGUGUAUUACUCAUUUAUGUGCAACCCCUUUUUUUGCUACCUCUACUUAGGCUUCAUAACAUUAAUGGGGAUUGCUACUAUUGUCUUCUCUCUUCUCCCAUUUUUCCAAAAGUCCGAGUUCAGGAAGUACCGCGCUUCCCUCUUCUUUUUAAUGGGAUUUUCUGGUGUGGCGCCCAUAAUACAUAAGUUGAUAUUGCACAAGCAUCAACCUGAGGCCUUGCAAACUACUGGUUAUGAGAUACUAAUGGGAGUUCUUUAUGGUUUGGGAGCAGCAAUCUAUGUCACAAGGAUACCAGAGAGGUGGAUGCCUGGCAAGUUUGAUAUUGCUGGCCACAGUCACCAACUCUUUCAUAUCUUGGUUGUGGCAGGGGCAUACACACACUAUCAUGAUGGGUUGAUCUAUCUAAGAUGGAGAGAUUCUCAAGGUUGCUAGGUUGAUAUUAGUGAAUCUUCAUCAAUAUUAACUAAGAUAUCAAUUGGAUGGAAAGUGAAUCAAAUCAAGAAAAUGAUAUUAUUAUCUAGCAUAUCCUACAUUGUUCUUUGCUGUGUUGGAUGUAUGAUCAUACAAACCAAGGGGGGCUGAGGGCGGUGUCGUGGUUAUGUUAUGCCACGGUAGCCUGAGUUUGUGAAAUUUUACAUAUACUACCCCAUGCAUGUGUGUUGUUGAUGGGCCUCACAGAAUAAAAUUUUCCCACAACCAAUUUAGUUGAUGAUCUUUUUUCCUUUCAUAGAUAUAUGUGUUUGGCCUAGCCACUUCUCAUUAGAAUUUCAGACUCCAUCCAAGUCAUGCAAGACCUGAGUGUCUAAUCAAUUUUCAAAAGAGCUUCACUUGAUGCAUUUCGUUGGAUAGCUCUUGAACAAGAUUAACAGAUUAAUGUUACUAACUUGGUGGUGCGUUGGUUUGCGCAUGAUGAAAAACUAUUGUGUUGUAUAUGAUAUAGCAGGCACGUUGACUGUUGACAAAUCUUUCAUAUAGAAAUUAGUUUCUGUC